GGCGCGCGUGCGCAGGCGCAUUGGGGCGCUCAGUGGACUCUGGCGGCCCCGGGGCCCUUAGUUUGUCCCCUGCGAUGGCGAGCGCAGUCUCACUUGCUGCUGUGCUGGGUCUGCUACUUGUGUCUGCGCUGCCCGCGGUCCUCGGGGACCGCUCCAGCCCUGACCUCCGGGCAUACCCAGGGGACCCCUCCCAGAUCGGCCCUAGGGCCACGGAACCCCGGCGGCGGCCACCGCCCAAGGGCCAACACGAGCGGGCCCAGGCCAGGGCGUUGCCUUUGGGGGCGCUGUACACCGCGGCUGUCGUGGCUUUUGUGCUGUACAAGUGUUUGCAGCAGGGGAAGGAUAAGGCUGCUGCCCUCCCAGAGGAGGCAGGCAAGGAGGAAUCACUGCAGUCAGAGCGGCAGCUAGUCCAGUUGAUACAACAGCUGGCCCAGACAGAGCAACACCUGAACAAUCUGAUGGCCCAGCUAGACCCCCUUUUUGAGAGUGUGACCACCCUGGCUGGAGCACAGCAGGAGCUUCUGAAUAUGAAGUUACACACCAUUCACCAGCUGCUACAAAAGAACAAGCCAAACAAGGGUGUGGAGGAUCCAGAACCAGAGGCCAGCAUACCCUCUCCUGAGGACUUAUGUGUGAAGGAGGAAGAAAAGGAGGCUGGUGACAGUCAGGCCUGGGAAGAAUGCCUAAACUGGAGCACAGAGACAAGGAACCUGGCUACGCCUUGGGGAGUGGAGCAGGGGCUAAGGAGAAGAUGCAGCAAGGCUGCAACAAGGGGCCCCAGUCACAGCCCCCUCUGGGAAGGAGGGGACACAGCUGAAGUUUCAGUAAAACAAAGUCUUUUCUUGUGA